AUGUAUUCAAAUAAUAAAUCAAUAGAAACAUUAAGUGAUUGCUUAUUUUUAAAGGAUCAAGGUUAUAAACGUCAACCAAUUAAUUUAUCGAAAUUUGAAUAUAAUCAUAUUUUCGCAUCUAUAAUGGGGAAAGAAUAUAAUUCCAAUGAAAUGAAACAAAAUGAAAAUUUUGAGAAUUUAAAAAUUGAAUCAUUAAAUCGAGAUUCUGAAAAUUGGGUAAUAUCUCAGUCACAAAUUGAAAAUACAGAAGUUCCAAGUAAUACUUCUACUCAAAGUAACAUAUCUAAUUCAAUCCAAACACAAAAACCAAUUAAUAUAGUAGAAUCUAGGUUAAAUAAAAAAUUGGAAACUUCUAAUGAAAAUUCUUUAGAAUCUGAAGAAAUUGAAAUAAAUGAAUUUGAAAAGUGUUCAUACUUUGAGGAUGAAACUUUACAAUUAAAAAGUGAAUAUUUAUAUAGUAAUAAUAAUAAUGAUAAUAAUAAUACAUCAGUUGAAAUAGUUUGGGAGCGUUUAAAAGCACAAGAAAAACAAUAUUAUACAUCAGAAGUAUAUAACUUUUAUAUUUCAAAAUGUAAAAUAUGUAUCAGUCCUUAUAAAACUUCAAAUGAAUGGAUAUAUAAUCAAAAAGUUCCUCUAGUUUUUAUUAGAAAAAAUAUUCUAGAUGAAUUAUCUAAUUUAAUAUGGUUACAACGUAUGAGAAAUGAAAUUUUAUUUACAUCAAUAUAUUAUUUUGAUAAUACACUUUGUAAAGAUAAUUUUUUUUGGAAUAUAACAGCUAUUGAAGAAAUAAGGGAAUUAGCUUAUUCGUGUGUAUAUUUGGCUGCAAAGGUUGAAGAAGUUGUUCAUAUUAGUCAUAAGGAAUUAUGUAAGCGUUCUUCAAUUCCUUCAAAAACUAUACUUAAUUUAGAGCGUCAUAUACUUAAAGUGCUUACUUUUAAAUUAAAUCCACCAAUACCAAUAACCUUUUUACAAUUAUUACUUGAAAUGUAUAAGGCAAAGAAAGUACAAAAUUUUGGAAAUAAUAAUAGUAAAAAAAUACUUGAAUACUAUAUUUGUAGUUAUAUAUUAGAGAUUUGUCUUUAUGACAUUGAAUUAAUGCAAUAUUCUCCAUUGGAACAAGCAUUAGCAGCUAUAUAUGUUGCUAGACAAUGUAUAGAAUUUAAUUGUAAUAAAGAAAAAAAUUACAUCAUAUCAUUAUGUUUAGAUCAAGUUGAAAUAAAAGGAAAUAUAAUUUCUAAUUUCAAAUAUGACUACAAUUUAAAGAAUCAAUACAGGAUUGUAGAAUCAAUUAUACGAACAUUUCAGUAUUCUCAUAUAAUAAAUACAAUAACAACAAAGAAAUAUCAAAGUAAAGAAUAUAUGGGUGCUGCAGAUUAUGUGCUAAAGGCACUAUCAUUAAAUAAUAACAAUAAUAAUACAAUUAGUAUUAGUAGUAGUAAUAAAAAAAAAAUUGGCAAUAAAUGA